UGCGCUCCACCAGAGGACCCAAACUAAUCAGCACCAGCCUUUGUAUGAGUUUUUCUUUUUAAAUCAGAGUUUUGUUAAAGCUUGGCUCUCUUUAAAGUCCCAAUGGAUGCUGCUGUGAAUCGGCCAACCCGUCCACACUCUAUAGACAGUGUAAGAAGACUGUCUACCCAAGGCUGCUUUGAGAACACCCUGAAGUUUAUUUGUGAGUUUAAGCCUGGUGAUGAGGAUCAGGAUAUCAGCUUGGGCUGCGAGCCGAUAUCAGUCACCCUCCCUGCACAGUGUAGUGUCUACCAAUUGAGGCUACGCAUCUGUAUGGAGGCACAGGAGCAAAACUGCCACCCAGACCCUUUUGCAAUAUUGGACCCCGAGAAAUACAGCCUGCUCUAUGCCAGGGGUGGCGACUGGUAUGAAGCCUACGAUGACUGUCAGGUUAUCAGGACAUUAGACAUUCCAUGGUCACGUAAUGACCCUCAUUGCCUAUCAGCACACAUAAUAGUAAAACCGCCUGUGGCAGUUGAUCCAGAGGAGAACGAGAAACAACAGCAGUGCCUGACUUAUCUGAUCGGACAUGACCUGGAGAAAGAAGCAUCUGAUAGACUUGGUGAGCUCACCUUCACCCGUCGGAAACUGGCAUCUGCUAGGAAACAAGAGCUGAAGAAACGGGAUGACAAGUUGUAUGCCACAGAGCCUUGGAUAACGCAUACCGCCUUACCAGAAGAACUACAAGAAUGGCAGAACAGAGACUUUCCUGUCACUUUCCACUACAUGAGCAGGAUCAGCUUCAGCAUAAAGGCUGACCUCAGCACAACACCACAACUACUUCUUAAAGUUUUUGAAAGGGUGAUGAAUGACCGAGGGAUUAAAUACGAUGGGCCUGACAAUCUCGUGUUGAAAGUUGCAGGCAGGGAGGAGUUUUUAUCUGGAGACUAUGCCCUGAAUGAUUUCCUCUGGGUGCGACAGUGCCUGAAAACCAACCAAGAGCUUCACCUCUUUGUUGUCCCUGUGUCGCAGCUUCCUUCGGAGGCUGUCAAAUUUGUGGACUGGCCACUUGUUGAUGGUUUUAGCGGCCAGUUCAGUUCCCACAAUGAUCUCAGCCUUAAAGGGAAGGAUUUGGAUGACAUCUUCAUGAUAUCCUUGUGGGACUGCAACAGAAAUUUCAGAGUCAAAUUGCUUGGAUUUGAUAUCCCACAACUUCCAAGCAAAUGCCCUCAGUCUGUUUAUGUUGAAGCAUCCAUACUCCAUGGUAACAAGGUCCUCUCUUCAGUAUCCUCCAUUCCCAAGCCCCUUUCAGAUGAAGUGCUGUGGAAUGAGUGGCUGGACUUUGAUGUUCUUCUUAGGGAUCUGCCACGUGGAGCUAAGCUGGGUCUCACUAUUAACGAAAGUCCUAGUGACAUGUCUGCUGCAACAAAAGUGCCAUCGCCUUCAAGCAACAAAACAAUAGACUUGAUGAAAGGGAGAGGAAAAGUGCUCUACUUUGUCAACCUACUCCUCAUAGAUCACAGGUCUGUUCUGAGCCAGGGGCCCUACACACUGCACAUGUGGUCACACCCUGGCCUGGAUGAUGAGGCCAUCACCUACCAAGCAGACAAGCUGUCAACUGCUACUAACCCAGACAUAGCUGACUCCAUGGCUAUCAGCUUCCUUUUAGACCGCUACAGCUUUCCUGUGGUUGUCCCAAAUACUGUUACCAACUCUGAAUGUUCCAACUCCAGAGAACGUGAGAAUCACGAAUCUCAUGUCCCCCCACCCUUGCCUAUCAAAAGAUAUUCUUUGCCAGCAAACUCACUGGCUGACAGUGUAACUCUCAAAUCCCCAACUACAGCCAUCAACACCAAAAAGCCAUGCCUCAGAAGGUUUCGGGAGGAAAGUGUGCGUUAUGCCUCCAGUCUACCCCAGUACUUGCGUAAUGUUGACUGGAUGAACCGCAAUUCGGUUGAAGAUGUCCACUGGCUACUGGGAUACUGGCAACCUGAGGAACUGGAUGUAACAGUGGCAUUGGAGCUACUAAGCAUGGAUUUUGCAGACGAGUUUAUCAGGAGACUGGCAGUGAAGAGACUGGAGAGUCUGUCGAAUGAUGAUGUGUUGAAGUAUUUGCUUCAGCUUGUGCAGAUCCUAAAAGUGGAACCUUACCAUGACAGUUUCCUCGCUCGGUACCUCAUCCAAAGAGCUCUGCGGAGCAAAAGAAUCGGACACUUCUUCUUCUGGUACGUUCGCAGUGAGGUAGCAGGGUGCCCGUAUUACCGACAGCGCAUGGCUGUGAUUCUGGAGGCCUACCUGCUGGGCUGUGGUCAGGCCAUGCUCGACAGCUUCACCCAGCAGGUCCAGGCGGUGGAGGCCCUGCAGGAGGUCGCUGUCAUCAUUAAAAACCUGUACCCUGACAAGACCAACCUUGAUUCUACAACUCCCUUCCGGCUUCAGGGACUUCUUAGAGACAGUAACCUGCCAAAUGAAUUCUUGCUGCCCUUUGACCCUCGCAUUAAAUGUGGAAGGAUCCUGCUCGAUAAAUGCAAAGUAAUGGCCUCAAAGAAGAAGCCUCUGUGGCUGGAGUUCUCUCCCAUGCCAUCACCUACCUCCGCCACACCUGUUGGAAUAAUCUUCAAAGAGGGGGAUGACCUCAGACAGGACAUGCUGGUCAUUCAGGCACUGGUGCUGAUGGACUCCAUCUGGAAGGAGAAAUCCCUGGACCUCAAUCUUGUUCCAUAUGGCUGCAUCUCCACUGGACACAACAUAGGUAUGAUUGAGAUUGUGAGGAAUGCAACAACGAUCGCUGCGGUCCAGAGGAGCCAAGGAGGAGCAACUGGAGCCUUCAAAAAUAAUGCUCUGUUUGAGUGGCUCAAGUCCAAAUGUCCACUACAGGAAAUUCACUUCAAGAACGUGGAGAGAUUUGUGAAUUCCUGUGCUGGUUACUGUGUGGCCACAUAUGUACUGGGUAUAGGCGAUCGACACAAUGACAACAUCAUGAUCAGAGAAGACGGGAACUUGUUUCACAUUGACUUCGGACACAUCCUGGGUAACAGGAAGCACUUUCUUGGCGUGAAAAGGGAGCGAGCACCUUUCGUCCUCACACCUGACUUCCUGUAUGUCAUGGGCAGGGUCGAUGGUCGCAACAGCCUCUACUUUCAGCGUUUUAGGGACACCUGCACAGAAGCAUACCUCUCCCUGCGCUCCCACUCUCGUCUGUUGGUGACUCUUUUCUCCCUCAUGCUGCUCACGGGCAUCCCAGAGCUGAGCGCUGCAGAGGAUAUGCGCUACUUGCGGGUGGCACUCCAGGAGGAGCAGAAUGAGGCAGAUGCCAGGGAGCACUUUCUCCAACAAAUCUCUGAGUGUGAGAAGCUGGGCUGGACUGUGCAGGCCAACUUCUGGAUCCACAUGAUGGGAGGCAUCAAGUAGACUAAUGCAUUUUGCUCUGCCUUAAAAAUAAGUGAACGUUUUAGUUUUACAGGUGUAUUUUUUAUAUUUAUGUAAUAUCACUGAGCCUUGGGCUGUUUUUACAGGAAGUAAGGGGGUGGGAAACUUGUGUAUAAACAAUGGAUAUCUGUCAUAAUUACAGUGUAAAUACUUAGAAUCUGCUGUUUAUUGUAAAAUCUGUAGAAGGGUUAUAAUUCUCAUAUAAUACUCAAAUAAAAACUAGACUCUAAAAAAGAAAGAAAAACUGAAAGGAUAUGGUGUACUUAGAAAUAUGACCACCAAUAAAAUAAAAAUACAGUUUAGUUUUAGUCUAUGUCAGUUUGGUACACAUGUUUAUUAAGACUAGAGACAAACUGAUUUUUAAAACCAGUAUCAAUACCAUUAUUUUGUGAUUUAAAAACCCAAUAUGUCGGCAGAUUUUUUUUUGUUAUGUGGAUUUAUAUAUGACCCUUUACUGUAAUGAUAAUGCAGUUAAAAAAUAAUCUUGUUUUAAUGUCAUAACAAGUCACGGAUUACUUGUUUACUCUUGUUUUUUUCAAGAGCAUUUAGACAUCUACAUGUCUAAAUGCACUGCUGCAAUAUGAUUGGCUGAUUAGAUAUUUGCAUUAUCGAGUCAUUUAAAAGGUGUACCUAUAAUUAAGGAGUUUAAAAGGUGUACUUCUCUCUGCUGGAUUUGAUCUGAGGGAGGACAAUUUCUAUGCCGGGUUUCAGACCACGAUUCACAACACUGUGUGAAAGACUGCAAGACAGUAAUUGUUCCAAAGCUCAGCAACAUGUAUUUGUAUUUGUUCCUUUUAUCAUAAUUUAUGCAUUCUGCCUUUGCAUGUAACUAUAUUCUACCUAUAUCUAUACUGGAUUUGUUCUCUAUUCUGUGGAUCCUUUAGUAAAGUUUUUUUUAAACUUUUUUAGCUGAUAAGACAUAAAUAAAUGUAAUAGCUGCAAAGAUAGUCCUUGAUAUUAACUAUAUGCCCUGAUGGACCCUGAUGGCCUGAAAUCUUUUUUACUCGUUUCUUUCUCUUUCUCUUUUCAUCUCACAUGGAGUAGUGGGCUGGGCUUCACCCUCGUGCUUUCAAUUCACUUCACCAGUCUUGCAGUAUUUAAGAUCGGCUAAUGCUUCCACGCCUUUCCAGAUUAUUAUAGUGUAGUGUUGAAUUUCCUGUGAUUGUUGGCUGAAGUAAUGUCUUUGAUUUCUUCCUCACAAGACUCGCUUCUAAACUUAAGCUGGUCACCUGCCAGCGAAGAAAACUAUACAUACCACGGCUCACUUGCAUGGCUGCUCUUUACUGCUCGAUUCACUUCUGGACUCCUCCAGAUGGCUGCACAAUAAGUAGCAUCCUCAGUCUCCUUGACAACUGUUUUCAAAACUCUUCUGCCACAUGCUUUCACUACCUCAUUUUGGAUGUAAGAGCUCGGAUCAUUAUUUGGGCCUUGUCAUGGUCCCUGUGCCUCGCUGGUCGACUCUCUAUUAGGCAACAUAGUUGUUUUUGUUUUUCGCUCUCUCCCUCCUUCCUCUCCCCCUCUCGCUCUCUCUCUUUCGCCGCAGCGAUGCUCAUUACAGGCUCCCGCUGCUGGCCCACACACCUGCUCUCAUCUCCACACCGGUCGCUGAUCUGCACUAGUCUUUGCUGGAUCGUUGAGCGACCAGCAUCAGUCAAACCUGCAAAUCUGAACCUGUGUAUCUGUGAGUGUUGUGUCUAUCCUGUUAACCGGAGCUUUUUGUGUGUAAAUUUCAUCUGGAACCUGAUUACGGACUACGAGAGGAGUGGCAGUGGAGAAGGAGUUGGAGUUUUGUACAGAAAGUGUGGAGAACGUCUGUUUGUAUCUGCUUUGUAACUGACUUCAGUCACAGACUGCUGCAAAUGCGUGCCUUAUUCCUCUCAUGGCUCGGAAAUUUUUAUUAUUUAAUACACACUUCACAUCAGACAUUUUGUACCCUGCUGACUGUUCAGUACACUGAGGUUAUUUCAGUUUUCCUUUGUCAGUUUUUUCUGACAAACUUUCAUACGCCUGCAUUAUUCCUGUAUUGUCAUGGUUCGGCUGUGUGGCAGGCAGGAGAAGGACCCAAACGCAAACUCACGGAGACAAAACGUAAACUCAAA